AUGCCAGCAAGGGAUUCAAGUAAUGGGCCGCCCAAGGUCGAUUUUAGUUUUGAAUUGUCCCCAAUACCGCCAAAUCCGCUGGGAGAGGGCAAGUGCAUUCGUACGGCGGCGGCGCUCAUCAUCGGAGAUGAGAUUCUGAAUGGCAAGACACUCGAGGCAAACUCGCACUUUUUCGCCAAGUACUGCUUUGAGCAUGGCAUCGAGCUGAAACGUAUAGAGGUCAUUUCAGACGACGAGAAUGAAAUCAUCGAGGCGAGCCGGCGCAUGGUGCAAAAUUACGACUUCGUGGUCACCAGCGGUGGCAUUGGUCCAACUCACGACGACAUCACGUAUGCUUCUCUUGCGAAGGCAUUUGGACAAAGCCUGGCUCAUCACACGGAGACACUGCGACGAUUGGACGAAAUGAACAAGCACCGACCAUGGAUAUUAUCGCAGACGACAUCACAGAGAGAAGCUACGAAACGAAUGGCUUUGUUCCCCGAGCGCGCCGAAGUCAUUUUUGUAGGGAGAGAUAUAUGGGUGCCGGUCGUCCGCCUCGAAGGCAAAUUAUGCAUAUUCCCAGGGAUACCUAAAUUGUUCCAAAUCAUGCUCACCCAACUCACACCGUUUUUACCCCUUCCGCCUCCAAGCGAGAGGCCCCUAAGAAUCCAGAUAUUCACAGACCGACCGGAAUCAAUGAUAGCACCGUAUCUGACCGCACUUCAAGCACGAUUGAAAUCCCAUGGUAUCCGAGUAGGCUCAUAUCCCGUCUUGGGCACCGGUGUAUUCGUCAGUCUCAUUGGACGGCCUGUAUUUAACAGCCCCGAAUGCAUCACCAAGGUAGUGAAGGAAGUGGAGAGAGAGAUUGGAGGCAAGAUUUACAACGAGAGUGAGGUGGCAGAGAAGAAGAGGCAGGCCUCUAUUGCACCUUUGAUGGGUUCGAGGGCAGUGACUACAUCCAACUUUACCUGCACUACUACGGAUCUCAUAAAGGCCAAGUUUUGA